AUGGACCUGUUCUCAGCCGCCUGCGAGAACUUCGGUCUGAUCAUCAACACGCAGAAGACGGUGGUCAUGCAUCAGCCGCCACCCAACUCAGCCACAGCCCCCAACGCGUCGCCGCAAAUCAGCGUGAACGGAACCCAACUGCAAGUGGUAGAGAACUUCCCGUACCUGGGCAGUACUCUCUCCCGCAACACCAAGAUCGACGACGAAGUCGCCAACAGGAUCUCGAAAGCCAGUCAAGCCUUCGGUCGCCUCCAAAGCACAGUUUGAAAUCGUCAUGGUCUCCAGCUGAGCACGAAACUGAAGAUGUACAAGGCCGUCAUCCUGCCGACGCUGCUGUACGGAGCGGAGACUUGGACAGUGUACACGAAGCAGGCACGCCGACUCAACAACUUCCACCUCAGUUGUCUCCGUCGCAUACUGAAGCUGAGCUGGCAGGAACGAAUCCCGGACACUGAUGUACUGGAACGGACGGGAAUCCUUAGCAUCUACAUCAUGCUGAGACAAAUGCAGCUGCGUCGGAGCGGCCUCCACGUGCGCAUGGUCGACUAGCGACUACCCAAACAACUCUUCUAUGGGGACGUCGCCACGGGUUCCCGCCUCCAAGGAGGCCAAAUCCGCCGCUACAAGGAUACUCUGAGGCGAAAUUGACCGCAGUCUCGACGCACUCACCACGCCCAGCUCCAUCUUCACUUCGCCGACCUGUGCGUUCACCAUCACCACCACCACCACCACCACCACCACCACCACCACCACCACCACCACCUCCGCAACUGACACCCACACCACCGACUUCUCAUGUCCACAAUGUCCACGCACAUUCACCUCACGCAUCGGCCUGGUCGGUCACUUGCUAAUCCAUCGCGCAGAGACUGGCGAACCAGCUCCCGAAGCACCCACCUACACCCGCCGCAACCACCUCCAUUGCCCACACUGCCCUCGCACAUUCAUGCACCGCAUAGGUUUAUUCGGCCACAUGCGCAUCCACGAAAGCCUGCGGUGGACAACCGCCGACUUCACCACACCACUACAUCGUCCCUCACUGCCACCUCACUACCCAUCAACAUCACCACUGUAUGCACCCAACUACCACCUCGCACGCAAUGGGGAAGUGUGCGCCUCGACUCGGUCUCCGUGCGACUCAUGUUGCAUGGGUGACUCGAGCCUGAGUCCAUCCCGACCCGUCAAGCGCCGUGUAUAGGAAGGCUGCUGAUUGACGCCGCAGCUCAGUCCACGCAGUCUGUCUAGUUAUGUGUGUCUGUGUGGAGUAGCGGACUGGUGGGCUGAGGGCCGGGCCGUUACAGCUCCUUCUACGGCACUCUCACGCAUAUGAGGGAUACGCCGUUCAAUCCCCGUUGUGUGAAAGCCUGGUGUUUGUGUUCUGGAGGGUAGGUCGUGCAUGUGGCGCGCGCAGACAAGGUCACUAGACUACUGACCGGCUCGGACAGUGGCUUGGGUGUUGGAAUGGAAAAGGAGAAUGAGGUCGACGACUCAGCGCAUUCUCCUCACUACAAACAGUCCGAUGCGCUUAAAGCUAUCACGGUGUGCUAAAAGCCGUGGCUUGGAAGGCUGCCAACUGACGGUAUCAUUUGGUCCUCGCAGACGGCCCAAUGUUGUGUGCUGCAAUUGUGGAGUUUUCGGCUGGUCGUCUGAGAGUCAGGCUGCAAUGGCUCCUUCCUAGUGCGGUCUUUAUGGCACUCCCACUGCGUGCGAUCCGAGCCGGGCGAUGGCGGCACGCCUAGGGGCGGCUUCGGUCGUGCCAACCUCCAAUCACUGUUGUGUUGCCAGAAACCUGGUUAUUUGUUGUGUGGACUAGUUGGUGUGGUGAAACGCCAAGGUGCGGGCUUGAUCGUGCCAGCCACCUGCGACCUCCCGCAUCUCCGGUCUUUUUGACUCUGUCUUGACUCCGGGCUCAGGUGGGGGAGGAGGAGGGAGUGUGGUAUAUGCAGUGCAAACUAACGGCACUAUAAACCCCCGCGCAAGUCACUGUUCCUGCUUCCACACUGCUGUGGAGCACAGGGUGGAUAUCAUUGAAACCGACGGCCGAACUGUCGUGUGUGGGUGUAGAGUGACAAGCUCAGUGGCUCCUUAAUAUUUGGCUUCUAUGGCGUCCCUAUCCAGAGACGACACUAGCUGUUGACUGUCUUGUUUUUAUGAAAUCCCUGCCCAUCUCGCGAGGACGAGGUCGUGCUUGGCACACAUAGGCGAGAUGUAUAUCCUUAUCGGUCUUUGUGACUGAUUGAAAACGGACCCGAAUAACAAAUGCCGCACAUGAGGAGACAUGCAGUGUCACGUCCAGGUGCAGGAUCGCUCCCCGUCAACCACCUGCGUCCGACUGCAUCUACGGCCGUCUUGACUCUGUCAUGCAAUCCAGGCCGGAGGGUUGACAGAGGGGGAGAAAGUACCCUAACUCUUCUACCAUUCGCAAGCCACUGUUCGUGCGUCCACCCCGCUCUAAGUCAUCGUCGUUCACGAUGGCAGAACUGACAGCAUGUUGAAUAGGAGGAGAUACCAAACAACAUUUUGGCUUAAAAGGUCGGCUUGUCCGCCGUGCAGUACCACUGAUGUAAUCAGAGGCCGAUGUCGAAAUGCAUGUCCUUCUGAUUUCUCUGUUUGGACUUUAAUGCACUCAAGGGACGGGACACAGGCAGCGGCCAGGCAUAUCCGUAGUAUUGCCUUAGUUCUUUUGAUUAAAAAUCAAGUUAGAGAUCGUUUAUGUGGCCCUCAGCAAGACAGUGAACUAGCAACCUCCGUAAUGCAGAUGUUCUAGCGCUAAAUUUCAGGAAGUGCACGAAUUUCCGUGUCCAAGUCCCCAACCUUAACGCUAACACCGACCUUAACGUUAACCCAAACGCUAACAGUACACUUAGUCCUAACCCUAGUUUCCUAGGAAUUUAACGCAAAUCUACUUACCCUUUGUACUGUGGGGUGAGGGGAGGCGCAAGAAACCCCCCCCCGAAACUUCUCUGUGCUUAUUUAGAAGAAAUGCCAGUACAGACGAAGAAGACUAGAAUGGCCACUUCUAGCUUACUUCCUUUUGUCACCUACCCCAGUCCCACCUACCGCCGCCAGAUCAGGAUGCUGCAUGACUUCAAAUCUCGAUCGGGUACAGAAAGGUCAUUGAGCAUUUGCGUCCCCGAACUCAAACAUUGUCUCGAAAGAAGUUAGACAAAUAUCAUUCCACGCGAUUUUUCAGAAAUUGAUCUCUCUACAAAACCCGUAAUUACAAACUGUUGAAGUUAGCCUGUAGCCUGAAGGCUUUGCGAAAUUUUUGCUCGGAUAGGCAUUUAGUUCAAAAGGCGUGAGUGUCGUGCUCCAAGUCCACUUUCAUAUUCUAUGCUUUCGCAGAACUGAAUACCUCAGUACUUUCUUAUCCAACCCUGUGAUCUUAGGGCGGAACUUCGACUACGGUUCAUGGAAUCUAAUUGCGAAAGUUUCAUCGGCCAGUUCUUCGUCUUCUAUCCACGAUCGAUAUUCGUUUAUGCUCCACUGAAUGGACGAGAAGGUUUUUUGCAUUUAUCAUCCUCCCUCUGCCAAUCAGGUCAGGUCCGAAAUAGUUUUGCUUAAUUUUCGCCAGAAAAUCUCGGGCCUCUUGCACGGGGGUCAGUGGGGUUAAGCUCGGUUAACCCUCCCACUUUCUAGUCUAAUUAGUUCAGGCUGGUGUACGAUUGGCGCACAACGUAGGCUAAUCGGAUGCGGCCGUUCUGACCACUGUCGCUCGGCAGAAGUCGUCAGUCAGCUCCCUUUACACAAGCCUCAACUCUAAGCUUGCGUUCUGAUCUGUCCCCGAUCAUUACGGUUGACUCAUAUUUUGGCAGUCUCAGGGACUGCGGUGCCAAUGAAAAAUCUGUUGGCAUCUCAAGCAAUGCCCUUAACUGGUUAGUGCUCUUUCUCUCUGUCUCCACCUCUAUCGACUGACUCAUUUCGCCUUACAGCCCAAUAAGCGCACCCGACUCAAGACGCCGGCACUAACGCGUCGAGUGCUACCCCUCCGGCUUGUGCGUGCAUGCCUACGCCUGGUGCAACUGCGCACGCAGUCGAUGGGCCGUAGGCACACAGGAGCAAGCGCGCUAACUCACGCGUGCGGUGUGUAGGAGGGCGGUGCCAGAAUCCAGGUCUUCUAAUGCGGGUCUUCGCGGGCCGGUCGUCACAUCUCACUCGGAUCGAACACAAGGCGGUUUGCUGGAAGGUGAGUCUCUCGACUUUAGUUCAGUUCCUCUUGCCUGCCAUGCAUACAACACUACUACACUUUUGCAUACGAGAUCCCGGGAAGCUGCUUCUCUUGUCAGCUCCUGAUGCAGGUGUGCUGGUAGGACCUAAUCGAAUUAAAAUUAGCAAGAUGACAAGUACAAAAGAUUUUUGCGUGAAGGUUCUAGUUAAAGCCUUAGUGAUGCCGGGACGAUCGACUUUGGUCCGGCCUAUUUCUGUUCAGUUAAUUAAGACUGCCCAACAGAUUUAUUUCUUGAUUCUGCGGACAGGUAUCUGUUUAGUUUAACCUCGAUUUUCAGUUUAAGGAACAGUUUGUUUAUGUAGCAUUCAGAAUGGAUAUACAUAUAUAUGAACUAGGUUACUAAUUUCGCACGUCGUUCAAGGAACAAAAUGGAGUAAUGUGCCCACGACACGACAUUUUGAGGUCAGUUUCGAAAUAUACUACGAAGCUAUUAGCUUAAAAUUCACAUCCGGAGCUCAUGUAACAGAAACAGCGUAGAGCACCUUGGGAGUAUGAUGAAGUCAUUGCCGUACAUAUAUACAGUGAGUGACCGAUCUCAUGAAAUGUUGGCUAAAAUUCUGAAAUGCGUUUUCGAUAAGAAGGUUUACUUGGGCGCCGUUGUAGUACUGAUUAUCUUGCGACAUAAUCCUAUAAUAUUUCGGACUUGGUAGGAUGUUAGCUUUUGAAUCCAUUGCUUUUUAAUUUCCUGUAGAAACCGAGCUCGUUAAAAAAUGACUACUUAAGCAGCAUGCAUUUUUCCCAUUGAUUUGCAAUGGUCUUGCAAAUUUAAAUAUAUUUUGUAGAAACUACGAAUAAAAAUAUGCCUUCUUUCAGUUGUUUGAUUGGGAAUUACGCCGUCUUUAUAUUUUAUACUCGAAGAAGGAGUAUAAUUAGGUUUUAAAAGUUUUUAAUUGUGAGAAUAUUUAAGACCGUGUAAUGUCUAUUCAUUCAGCGUCAUACCUGUACGUUUAUCACUGCUCCUCAUGAAAUGUACAACAUGAACUGCAUCCGUUGCCAAAUGUUAUGAAUUCUAUAUAGUAUCUUCUCAAAGGCAUGGGAGAAUAUACGAUUUUAUUUACGGGGAACGCAUGCAUCUUAUAGACUGGAAUCACUAAGCACUAAUGCAACGACUGAUCAGGCUCCGAAUUAUUUGGGAAUAAAGACGGCGUGAUUCUCUAUCAAACAACUGAAAGAAGUCAUAUUUUUAUUUGUAGUUUCUAUAAAAUAUAUUUGAGUUUGCGGGACCAUGGAAAAUCGAUGGAAAAGUCAUGCUGCUUAAGUAGUCAUUUUUUACCGAGCUCGAUUUCUACGGGGUAUUAAAAGCAAUGAAUUCAAAAGCUAACAUCCCACUUAGUCCGAAAUAUUAUAGGAUUAUGUUACAAGAUAAUCAGUACUAUAAUCGCGCCCAAGCAAACCUUCCAAUCGAAAACUCAUUUCGGAAUUUCAGCCAACAUUUCAUGAGAUCGGUCACUCAAUGUGUAUAUAUAUGACAAAGGUAUUAUACCGCGCUACCGACAUAGGUACAAGCUAAAAACCCAGGCACUUGUUUCGCCGAUAUUACGCGGUUUCAUGGCACAGCUGCGAGGGGUUCGACCCCUCAAUGGGUCCCCCAGCGUUCCAUAUAUAUAUAUAUAUAUAUCGAGAAUAUCGAUAUUCCGAAGAGCCUUCUAUUUUUCAUUUAUAUAUAUAUAUAUAUAUCUGCUGGUAGAGGGGCGCCAACCGAUCGUGUUACAAAACUCAUUCUUCGUGCUGUGCCUUGGGGCUCUCUCUUGAGCCCAGCCAGCAGACGCUCAGCGGCGCGUAAUAUAGACAGAUUAACAUUACCGACAAAGACAAGAGAUACUGGAAUGACCCUUUCUGGUCUAUUAGUCGUCGUCAGCCCGUCAUACCCAGCCCCAAAGUGCGGCACACCUGGGCUAAUAAGCCAGAAAUGGUCAUUCUAGUCCCCUUUGUCUUCUUCGGUAAUGCCAGUCUGGCUAAAUUUAUAGAAAAAAAAAUACUCCAAAUGAAAAAAAUCACGACACCACUAAAAUAGUCUUCGGUGGUCUACUCUGUGUGGCGCUAGUUACUUAGCCGCCUUGCCAAUCGACUGUCUGCGUUGAGUAUGACUCAAAUAUCGACUUGUCGACCCCGGGACUAUGAUCGACACUUUGGUCUUCAGCCAGACUCGAUCCAAACUCACGCACACACUCCACGACGGAGUUCAAAGUAACUUGGGAACUGGCAGUAUCUUUUAGAACUCCAAUAUACUCCCUUUAAGCCUAGUAUUUGGAGAAGAUGUAAUCGUCCACCAAAUGGGUACGAGAUAUAAUGAUAGUGUGCAUGUUUCCUGUGAAAUAUAUUUGAAUUUGCAGGGGCAUCGUAAACAAGGGGCAAAAUUCAUGCUAUUUAAACAGUCAUUGUAGACCACGUGUUGUUUUAGCAGGCGAUUGGUAAGAAACUCAUUUAAAAGCCAGCAGUCUGGCGUAACUGAAAUAUCUGGGGAGUAUGCUGCGCGAAAACCAGUGCUUUCUUAUAUCUUGUGAAACGUUAACCGAAAUUUUGAAAUGCGAUUUCGAUUAGAAAAGAGUACUUAGAUAACGUUUUUAAUGUUGAUUAUCAUGCAGUAUAAUCCCAGGAUAUUCCAGUCGCACCCGGAUGUCGAUCGAAGUACAGAAACUGAGACCUAAACUGUCCCUAUAUUAGUUGUACAGGUUUAUGUAAACCUAUGGACUCGGUCAUUAUCUAUUAUCUUGUAUUCUAACAGCGCAGAAUGGAAGACGUCCUUACUGAAAAUUUUUGAAUGCACCUUAUUCCAGACACUCGGUGCAAAAAAUGGCUACUUAAGUAGUGUGCACAUUUCCCAAUGAUUUUCGACGUUUCCAUAGACGCAAAUAUAUUUCGGUGGAAAGAUGCAAAAAAGUAUACCUUCCUGCACUUAUUUGGUAAAAAAUCAGCCUUUAAUUAGUAUACUCAACGAAAUGAUAUCUUUCAGUUUAGAAAAUGUUUGUAACCGUAAAACUGUUGAAGACCGUGAAAUGUCCAUUCAUACAGCAUCAUAUCUAUCCUUUCAGUAAUGCUACCGAUUAAUUACACCAUAUGGUCCACAUCCAUUGGGAAAUUGUCUGAGUUCCAUAUGACCCCUUCCUGACAAGUUUGAGAAAUGCGUGACUUUCUUUACAUGGAACGAAUAAAACAUGGGGUUUUUAAACCCUAAGCUCGAGCGCGAUUGCAAGUCGGGUUCAAAGUUAUCCGGGAAUUGAAAAUGCCUUUUAGAACUCCAAUAUAGUUCUUUUUUAAGUUUUUUGUUUGUAAAAGAUGCAAUCGUCUACCAAAUAAAUAAAAGACGUAAUAAUAGUGUGCCUAUUUUCUGUGGAAUAUAUUUAGAUUUUGCAGGGGCAUCAAAAACAAGUGGCAAAAUUCAUACUAUUUAGGCAGUCAUUUUAGACUGCGAGUGGUUUUUGCAGGCAACUGAUAAGAAGCUCUCUUAAAAGGCAGCAGUCUGGUGUAACUGAAAUAUCUUGGGAGUAUGCUGCACGAAAACCAAUGCUACAACCCCCUUAAGCAAUCCUUUCUAGUCAAAGGCAUAACUUAGAAUUUCGGUCAACAUUUCACGAGAUAGGUCAACUACUGUUAUUCUGAUAUACAUGUAGGACUGGCCGCUGAAGACUGAAAAACCAGAAACGGUCAUCCAGCCUUUGCGGACAUCCCGUCACCCGCAUAUAUAUGCAUGAAAUUCGUGGCAAGUGAUCUUGUCUACUAAAUAGCACCGAGCUUAAGGCGUGUUCCUAGGUGGACUUCCGGUUUUGACAAAGACAAAGCCGUGCAUUUUUCUCAAAAAGUCAUUGGUUCCCUAAAGGACGAAACUAUGCCCUGAUUGUAAAGAAGAUGCUAGCGAUUUGUCAUGAUUUUUGGUUGAAUAGCCAUAGCUAAUAGGAAGACGCAUACAACCAUUUUACUCUUGAAUCUGAAAAUCCACAUCGUUUCACUAAAAACUGGUUUGUACGUUUACGUCUUCGUGGAUCGGCUGUCAUUAAAACAUUCCUCAGAGCACAUCCGUUGUACCAGCGUUGUACACUAGGAUGGUAGAUCGCUGAAAAGUGUAAAAUCGCACGCUAUAGAGGUUUUCUGUGUUAUCAUAAACACGCAUGGAUUUUACAAAGUAAAAACACUGUUUUUUCAGGUCUUUUCUACAAGAACCGAAUAUGCUGCGUGCAGUCGAUGUAAACGGACGCGUCCCAAAGCCCGCCCUUAAGCCCUAUCCCAACUUCAAUGCUGAUCAUGACGCUGAAAUUCUCAAGAAAGCCAUGGAUGGAUUGGGUAUGUCGCGUCCCCCCCCCACUCUGAAGAGAGCGACUACUUGCUUUCUUGUCAGAAAAACUGACCCCCUGUUAUGCUCUUUUUGUACGGAAAAAUGAGAGGGAAAUCCGGCAGAGACGUCAUAACUUUAGAAAAGCCCAUAUUUGUCUUAUCCGCAUCAAAAUGGUUUGGUAGGCCUUCGCCUGAUGGGUCGGAAAUGUUUUGCCGAGGGUAGAGUGAAUUUGAGGCAUGUGCCUUUAGUUUGUAACGCCAUGGCUUACCCCCUUUAAUACCAGGUGUGAGCUACGACCCAUAGACGUUUACUGGCAAAAUGUGGGGAGCACCAUUCAGUAAUGUGGAACAGUUGCCGUAGUGUGAGUUCCAAAUAGCACACCUAAUUGCUAAAAGGAAAGGACAAACGAGUGGUUUCGUCUGUAUAGCCUCUUUUUGAGAGUUGGAAGUCUCUGACGUCAUUUUGCAAGUCUGCAAUGUUGGGACUGACUGUCGUCCAGCUGGACGAACAACUUGUGCAACUGUUAUUGAUUUUAGUUAGGGGUGUCACCCCUACUUCGUGACGUGGCAGUACUUUGAGCGAAAAACCACCUCAUUUUUAGACUUUGAACUAGGGCCGUGUUCUUAGGCUCCGCACGACCAAAUGAAGAUGCUCACAUUGAAAAUUAUUAUGACCCUACUCAAAUGCUGUUUCUUGAGCGCCCCUACGAACUCGAUCGUCGUUAAUAGGUUCAAAAAUCUCUGUGCGUUUAUUAUAUCUCGAGUCUUUACCUGCCAAAAACUCUUUUCCAUCAAAGGUACCGACGAAGCGAUGAUUGUGGAGAUUUUGGGGCACCGAACGAGCUCCCAACGCUUGCAAAUUGCAUCCCGUUACAAGGCCCUCUACGGCAAGGUAAGCCCGUUGCCCAAAAAUAUCAGUAAGCGGUUUCAUAAGAGCCAAAGUACUAUGAAUAUUUUCCUCCCCUUCCUCCCAUCCUUUUUAAACACUUUUUAAACUUAAACAGGAUCUCCGGGAGAAUCUUGACAGUGAGCUGAGCGGCGACUUUGGAGAGCUGGUUGACCUACUGUUCUUUACUCCUGUUGAACUGAAAGCCGAAAUCUGCUAUAAGGCCAUCCGCGGUCUCGGUACAGACGAGGAUGCCUUAAUUGAGGUUAUUUGCACGGCAACCACCGCCGAACUCCAGCAGCUCAAACAGGAGUAUGCCAAAGGUGUGUUGAUUUACACAAUCAAAACAUACUAUUAGGAAGCACGCUUGAGCGUGACUUAAGUAUUAAUAGGGGCAAGUGGAGGCUGGGACAUCCUUUUCGACUCGCUCGCAGACGUCAGCAGGCUCUGUUUAGUCGGAUAAAACUUUACAAGUAAUCUGCCGGCAACAGAACAAACACGCCUGGCAGUCCACACCUGUCGUCAGAAAUCCAAAUGAUUAUCUGGUUGACAAUAUUUUAAUGUGAGCCCCGAUAAAGCCUCCGUUCGUAUUCUCUGACCUCGAGGAUCUUCCUCGAAUUUCAAACCAGCCUCCACUGAAAGCGUCUUGAAUACUCUAAAGAAACCGCCUAGUGACCGCCAGCGUGAGACCAAUUCCCAUUAGGUGCAGUGGAGUUUAGUGAGCUUAUACGGUAUUCAGCAAGCUUUUUAACUAUAGGCUUACCUCCACACCCUACCUGCUCUGCCAGUAAGCUUUAUGCAAGUAAUUCCGCCUUCCGUAAUGGCGACUCAAAGGCCGUCAAGCCUCAUUUGCUUUUAAUGACAUUGCUCUGGGGUCAGAACACUUGUACGUAGAUAAUAGUUAUAAACCUAAGUGUAAGGACUUUCGUCUUCUUUAAACAUUCAAUCAAACCGCCUUUUAAGCUGAGCUGCCCAAGGUGGUUUAAACGGCUGUUAGAAUUCCUGCGGCUUCCAUCUUUCUAGCCCAGAGUAAAAGAUCAUUGUUUCGGGCUGGUUCGAUAAAUACACUUCCUGCUCCGGAGAUACGGUCCAGAUGCGCCAUCUUAAGAAAACUAUGCAUUGGAAUCUCUAUUCUCGGAGAAUGGAUAACCGAAACUGCUAUUCUGGAUCUCGGGACGGAACUAAGGCCCUUUGUUGGACGUUUCUCCUUCUCUGUCAUUUUCAUUAGCAUUGACAAGCACGUUUGAAUGAGGUAGAGCAGUUAACUUGGGGAAAGUAGAUACAUCUAGGUCAUUGCUAACUUAAACUGAUCUGUCGUCUGCAAGAAAUUUUGAAAAUAAUUACCAAAGAUCGAAUAUGGUGUUGAGAAAUCUCCUGUAUCUGAACUGGAUCGAAACGGGUAUGUUUCAUAUGCAUGAGGGCGUUAGGUCACCAGACUAGUACCUAUGGUUAUAAAGCAUAAAGCCUUCUGAGUUUCGCUGCGGGUUAGAGAGGAUGACAGUUGCUCAUCUGUUAUCAGCGAAACAGACCAUUAUUUUCAAAAUCUGUAGUACUUAACCUGUUAAAACAUUCUUAUUUACGUUUCUUUUUCUUCGCUUGUUUAGUGCUCCAAAAGCAUGGUAAAGUAGGUGAGUUACUCCACUCUUUUGUUUCCCCUUUGUUUUUGCUCGAUUAUCUAAUUCAACGUCUAAAUUCCUCAUCCGUUAUCUCAUAGGAUCCAUCGACAGUUUGGAGGAACACAUAAAGUCCGACACCAGCGGUUACUUCCGAAGAAUCCUCCUCGCUCUGCUCGCAGCCCAAAGGCCUGAACCGACUGAGGAUCAGAUCCAAACUAUGCUCAACAAGGGUGUUGACACAUUUAUCGAUAGAAAGGCUGCCAGGGCAGAUGCCGAGGCCCUCUACAACGCUGGAGAAAAGUGAGUCUUCAGACCUCCUCUCUUUUUGCAAACACGAAGUAUUAUCAAAGAAAAUAAGGGCGACUGGGAUGGCCAUCUGCGUCUUGGUCGCAAUCGUCAGCUGGUCAUAACUUAGGCCGGCAGGUCCUAGGACCAAAGUGUGGAGUUAUUCAGAAAGCCGAAUGCGCAACCAGUUGUUUCACGCGUUCGGGCUUUCUCGUUUCCAAUUGGGUGGGUUCAAGGUCACUCGGGGGUGGCAUUCGUCAAUGUGACCGGAUUGCUGGCCGGAGCGCGCACACUCGGGGGUGGCCACACAAGGACGAGCAAGCAACUAGGAAUUGGCACCAAAAUAUGGCCCAGUAUCCAAGUGAAAAGACACAGGCGAACUGCUGUGUGCCACAAUUCCUUGACCACUUUGCUUGCCCGCUACCUUAGAUGUAUCAUAAAGUAGAGCUGCGAAGAAUUGCAGAGGGCCUGACUAAGAAAGCGAUUCCAAAGUGCUUUUUCUCUCCGAUCUCCGUUUUUAAUUAGAUUUCUGAAUUUGUUUACGUCAGAGAGUGUUGAGGGGUUUGUUCAAUAAAAAAUAAAUGCUAUCGAGUACAUCUUGGUUCCUCCGAUGGAAUAGCAACGCGACACUACGGAGGAAAUCUGAGGCGUGCGCUGGUAUACUUGGGGCACAAAUGAAGUACACUUUAUAGAAUUAAUGGAAUUUAGAUUAGCAAAAUCCUAAAAAAUAUAGACUGCCUCGCUAUAUGGUUGCUUUGUUCCAAGCAAACAUUCUUAGUAUUUAAACUUUGCUUGUAAGUAUUCAAUCGUAUGGCUAGCCACUUUGGUAGUUUCAAACGAAAUUUUAUGUUUAUUACAACAGACAAAACGCAUGAUAUGCUGUUGGCGCACAUUCUUAAUGCCAAAAUGUUGUUUUUAGGAAGCUUGGAACAGAUGAGGCCACAUUCAUCAACAUUCUCUGCAACAGGAAUCCAUGGCAGCUGAUGGCAAUCAGCAAGGCUUAUGAGGAGGUAAGGUGAUGCGCUAGCAAUCAUUGGCAGACUUUUUCUCAAAAAAGUACGAGGGCUUUAUGCAGCCUAAACUGGAAAAAAGAGAGGCUUACACCUUCACCAAGACUAAAUUUGAGGACAGCAUAAGUCGGCUAUUUCAGAUGGGCUGUUAAGAAACACUAAAGAGCAUUGGACAAUUUGGGCAGCACACCUGAACGAGUCACCUACAUGAUCUGUUAGUUGUAUAAUUUUUGUAACCGCGUUUUUGAAGAAAGUUGUGUACUUUGUUUCAAAAAGAAUGUGCACAAAAUUCUAGAGGAAGGCAUACGUCCUACCUCCUUCUCGCGCUAAAUUUAUGUAGCAUAUUUGCAGCAUGAGUAGCAGUUGAAAGCCAAGGCACAUGUUUCACCGAGUUUGUGCCAUUGCAUGGCACAGUUUCGCGGAGUUCGGUUCAUCAGUGGGUCUCCCAACACUCAACGUAGGAUUUAUGGAAUAAAGUCCAUGUUCGGUGUCAUUCCUUUUUAAUUGCCUCAGAAAUAAAUGUACUGAUGAACCGAGCCCCUCGGUGGAACACGUGUAUGAGCCUCUAGCUACUACCCCUGCUGCGGGUAUGAUAGAUUACUCAGCAUUUGUAUAUUGCUGACCAUAAGUGGGUGGAUUGUUGUUAUUACACUGCAAAUCCGCCGAAGCUGAUGAAUUUCAGUUCAGUUGUUGUUAUCAACUAUGAGACAAAACCUGAGAAGUUUUGUGCAGAAGAAUUCAUUCCAAACUCACACAUUUAUCUCGAAGAAAAUUGGUCUGGCUCAUCAAAGUCAAACUGUAGGCUUCUUCAUGCAGUCAGAUAGCCUAAGGAGCAAUUCCUGAUUCCUUCUCUAUCACUGUAUCCGCCUCUCUUUGGUCUGAUUGUUUAUGUCAUGUGGGACUUCUUCAUUCUUUCGAAUGUACAAAUUGCCUUUCAGAUCAGCAAACUGCGUCUAAUCGAAGCAAUCGCCAGUGAGACUUCCGGGGACUUCAAGCAUGCCCUCAUCACCACACGUAAGUUAGACUUCAUAAACAUUCGCCUAUAGCGUGUAAUCUAUUGCGCACCCCGUCAACUCGCACUAAUUUGGUGUGUCUCCCUUGACAGUGACGGCACAAAUUAGUCGUCCAAUGGCCUUCGCCGAACUUUUGAACAGGGCGAUUGCUGGCCUGGGGACAAAUGAUGAUGAACUUAUGCGCAUAGUGGUUUGGCGGUCAGAGGUAAGAGAUUGUUUGACUUUUUUAUUAUUGAGUCGGUAUUGUUACCUAACCUACCGUCUCACCAACGGCUAUUCUGUCAAUGGUUAUUUUGAAUAGGGGAUUAGGUGUCCUCCGGGUUGGGAGAAGGGGUAACGAGUUUUGAUUGAAAUUUUAAUCUCACAAGAGGAGCGCAACAACUGGGGUAAAGACACGAAGUGAAGAGCGGGGCUCAUCUCCGGCAUCGAUAGACAGAUGAAUACUGUGCCGAAACCGAAAUAUUCUUUGGACCUAGGUUUUUAACUAAACUGUCUAUUCCGCCGAAGUUCUCGAAAACAUUCGUACAUAUAGUGCAUAUUUACGUCAGCUUUAAAAUAUCGUUUGACGAAACGUCAUCAUUUAAGUGCAAAGUUUAAGUAAGUUUGGCAUUUGUAUUGCUGAAAAUGGGCCGCAAUUCUGGCCAGCGAUGUCGCGAGCCCUCCUGAUCUAAGCGGCAAAGACAUCGUAUCGAGCGCGCUGGGUUCACUUGAUUACCUGUUUACUAACUGUUCGCCACAAUUCAGCCAAUGCUUCUAAAUUUCUCUGGUUCAACUUCCAAUGUUUUCAUGUCACUUAAUAGCCUGUUGGAUAACAAACAAGUCGCGCAGCUGAAAGCAUUGGAAGCCUCUGACUAGAAUCUGCUUCCCCACUUUCCAGACGAUUGAGACGUUGGGGUUCUCGUAAAAAUUAAGAGGUCAGUAACCAGUGUGCUGUCGAUGCAUUGAGCCCAACAAAUGAGAUUCGCGUUCAGGCAGCGCAAUAUUUCUGUCCUCCUGAAGGUCUGGAUGACGUUAGACUUGAUAGCUAGGAAGUUGCGGGGUUUCAGAUCUCCUGAAAGGCGGUAUGCUUUGGCACCGAUAUUUUCAGCCUCUGUUGGCCUUGUAUGACCCAAGUUUGGCCAAUCUGAGUUCACAAGGGUUUACGAUUUUCUUAGAGUACAUACAUGUUUCGCUCGUUUUUUUAGGUUGACAUGGAAGACAUCAAGAACGCCUACCUGACUCGAUACAACGAGUCUCUGGAGGAGGCUAUCAAAGAGGACACGUCUGGGGACUACGAGAAGCUUUUACUGGCACUAAUUGGGUGUUAA